CCCUGCGCGGGGCACUUGAGCAUGCGCGGUUUCCAGAAGGAUGAUAAUGUGAAGUUGGACACCUUAUUAGCUAGCCAUUCGAUCAGCCAAGGGGCUUGUUCAGUCUACAUUUUGCUCUCCCAUCUAAGAAAAAGGAGUUUCGGCCAGUGAAAGGAAGGUAGCGUGCACUUGUUACUAGGGGAUUUCUGCAGGACAACUAAGCCGAAAUGAAGCUGAGGUGGGCCUGGGCGUGCCUGCUGCUGCUCACCGUGACGAUGACGAUGGUCUGGACCCAGGAGGAAGGCCUCGACGAUGAGGAGGACCUGGAGGCGCGGGUGGAGGAGGACUCGGAGGAGGAGCAGGGCGAGGAGCCCGUUGCCGACAGCGACGUCUCCUUUCAGGUCACGUACAAGACCCCGGUCCCCACGGGCGAGGUGCACUUCACCGCCACGUUCGACGACGGCUCCCUGGACGGGUGGCGGGUGUCCAAAACCAUGAAGGAGGAUGUGGACGAUGACAUCGCAAAAUAUGACGGCAAGUGGGAGGUGGAGCCCCUGAAGGAGAACAGGGUCCCCGGGGACAUGGGGCUGGUGCUCAAGUCCCGGGCCAAACACCACGCCAUCUCCGCCCUGCUGGACAAGCCCUUCGUCUUUCAGGACAAGCCCCUGGUGCUGCAGUACGAGGUAAAUUUUCAGGAUGGCAUUGACUGCGGUGGGGCCUACAUUAAACUUCUGUCUGCGUCGGAGGAUCUGGACCUGGAUCAGUUCCACGACCGCACGCCCUACACCAUCAUGUUUGGGCCGGACAAGUGUGGGGAGGACUACAAGCUGCACUUCAUCUUCCGCCACCGGAACCCGCUCAACAAGGACAUGGAGGAGAAGCACGCCAAGCGGCCCGACGUGGACCUCAAGAAGUUCUACACCGACAAGAAGACGCACCUCUACACGCUGGUGCUGAAUCCGGAUAACAGCUACGAGGUCCUUAUCGACCAGUCGAGCGUGAGCAAGGGGAGCCUCCUGACGGACGUGGUUCCUCCGGUGAACCCCCAGAAAGAGAUCGAUGACCCCAACGAUGCCAAGCCUGACGACUGGGACGAGCGCGCCAAGAUCCCCGACCCCGAGGCCGUGAAGCCUGAAGACUGGGAUGAGGACGCUCCGGCCAAGAUCCAAGACCCCGACGCCUCCAAACCGGACGGCUGGCUGGACGAGGAGCCCGAGUUCGUCGCCGACCCCAGCGCUGAGAAGCCCGAGGACUGGGACGAGGAGAUGGACGGGGAGUGGGAGGCGCCCCAGGUGCCCAACCCCGCAUGCGAGACAGCCCCGGGCUGUGGGGUGUGGAAGCCCCCCAUGAUCAACAACCCGCUCUACAAGGGCAAGUGGAAGGCCCCGCUCAUCGACAACCCCAACUACCAGGGCGUGUGGCGGCCGCGGAAGGUCUCCAACCCGGAUUACUACGAGGACCUGAACCCCUUCAGGAUGACGGCGUUCAGCGCGGUGGGGCUGGAGCUGUGGUCCAUGACCUCCGACAUCUACUUCGACAACUUCAUCAUCACGCAGGACAAGGAGGUGGCCGACCGCUGGGCCUCCGACAGCUGGGGGCUGAAGAAGCUGGUGGCCAGCGCCAACGAGCCCGGCGUGAUCACCCAGCUCACCAUGGCAGCAGAGGAGCGGCCCUGGCUCUGGAUCAUCUACAUCCUGACCGUGGGCCUGCCCGUGGGCCUGCUGGUGCUGUUCUGCUGGCCCAAGAAAUCAGACGACGACUACGCGUACAAGAAGAUAGAUAAACCUAGCCGCGCGGCCCAGCAAGAGGAAGAGGAGGAGGAGGAAGAGGAGCAAGAAGAGGAGGCCGGACAGCAGGAAGCGGAGGCCAAGGAGCCGGAGAACGCGGGGGCGGCAGAAGAGGAAGAGGAGGAUGAGGAGGAGGAAGAGCAGGAGGGGAAGCCAGCGGAGGCUGAGGGCAGCAGAGCUGGCGGCGAUCACAUCCCGGAGGACGAAGGCGAGGAAGAGGAGGAAGAAGAGGAGGAGGAAGAGGAUGUGAGCAAGUCCAAUGAGACGGGGUCUGAGGAUGAGAUGAGGGAUGCGGAUGAGGGCACCCAGAACACAGCCGAGGGCCCCAAGCAGGCGGUGAGGAAGAGACGGGUACGGAAGGACUGAGGGCCACAGGAUGCCCCGCCUAGCCCCGCCCCAGCCCCGCCUCCCCCAGGCCCCGCCCCGCUUCUCAGCAUGCCGGCUCUCCAGCCACUGACCAACACGGCCGACCCAACUCCCAUCAGCCACUGCUCCCCCUGACCGCGUCCUCCAGCUCCUCCUCCCCCAGCCCCCAUUCCGUGGCCUGCCUUCGCAACUCCACCCCUCGACCGAUCAGUCUUCCUCUUCAGACAUAGUUCUUUCUUUUUUUCCUGGGCAUUGUUGGAAUGUUUUACUCGAAUCGUACCGACUCCCUGAGAUUUUAGAAAGGUGGCCAGACGCAGCCUCCCCAGGUGAAGCAGAGACGGGACUGGCCAGGGUGUGUGUGAGGGGCACUGUUCCAUACCUGUACAGGACGACGGGCCCUGUUCUGACCUUACAGCCUCCCAGCAGACCGGUUUUUACCUCUAGAGAUUCAUAAUGUUCGUUGCGUAACUUAUACAUGAAGUAAAUGUUAGUCGAGUGUUUUUAAGUUGUCUUUAGGUCUGGUUCUGCACUGAAGAGAGAAAAUGCACUGAGAGUCUGUAAUAUAUCGUUCUUAUUCUUGGGUUUUUUUUGUUUUGUUUGUUUUUUUUGUUGUAAUUAUACAGUUGAAUUUCAUGAAUUUUAGAGUUUUAAAUGUGUAGUUACCAC